ACACACACACACACACACGCGUGCACACACACAGAGAGAAAGAGAGAGAGACUCACAAAUCUUUUCCUCUCCUGGCUUCCCUGGAAGAUUUUGCUGGCUGUUUUUCAUGGAGAAAGUCCAAGGAGAAAUGGAGAUUGAGAGAUGGGAAAGAAGCGAAGAGAUGUCAGACGCAGAGAAAAAGGUGAUUCAGGAGACAUGGAACAGAGUGUACGCGAACUGCGAGGACGUUGGGGUCUCCAUACUGAUCAGGUUUUUUGUCAACUUCCCAUCUGCCAAGCAGUACUUCAGCCAAUUCAAGCACAUGGAGGACCCACUAGAGAUGGAAAGGAGUCUGCAGCUGCGUAAACACGCCAGGAGAGUCAUGGGGGCCAUUAACAGCGUGGUGGAAAACAUCUACGAUUCAGAAAAAGUCUCCUCUGUUCUAGCCUUGGUGGGCAAGGCGCAUGCUGUCAAACACAAAGUUGAACCGGUCUACUUUAAGAUCCUCACCGGCGUUAUGCUGGAAGUGCUUGCAGAAGAAUAUGCCAACGAGUUCGCUGCUCCAGAGGUCCAGAGAGCCUGGGCUAAGAUGAGGAGCCUCAUCUACAUUCACGUGACCAGCGCGUACAAGGAGGUGGGCGGGGUGCAGUAUCCGAACUCCACCAUGAACCCCCAGGUGACGGCGGUGGCAGCAGCAGCAGGAACAGCAGCAAAGUGACAGAGACCCUGCCCCAGACCUGAGAUGCUGCUUCUCGAAGAGGAAUAUCCUGGCACCGGAACAUGAUGGCACCCAAGAGAACUACAUCUGUCUCCUUUAAUUAUCCUGUGUACAUAUUAGUGAGGAGAAGUGCUUUAUGAUUUCUAUAGCUAAGGCCAGCAAAGCUAUAGAACACCAGGCGUGCAUAAGCACUCUCCCUGAAGCAUAGGCAGGCAAAUUUAAAUCAUGUACACUGUGAUGGGGGGAGGGAAUAUCUUUAAUUUCCCCUGGGGGAAAAAAUAAACGUUCAAUAGAUCACGACUGUUACGGUUCAUACACGUUUAUAGCUCUGUAGACUUUUUGUCUGCCUUGCAGAGGGCAUUCCAUCCAAUAGCACUGAAUUUGUUUGUGUCCAUCUUUUGUACUAAGGUGAGAAUUUAAAGCUCUAGCAUUUGAACUCUGCAAGUACUUUUGUGCCCAUAUACCACUUACGAGUAAAUCUGUGCCCUUGUUUUAUUCAAAACACUAGUGAUGUGUGCAUAAGUGCUUGCAGGAUUUAGGUCCAGAAUCGUAUCUGCAUGAACCAUCCAGAGCCAUGUCCUCAUGGAAUACACAGUUCACCUAGCCUAGAUUUUGACAUCUUAAUCCUGGGUCAAAUUCGAGUCUUGUCAUUCAUUUCUGCUUUCCUCUGCUGUUAACUCCUCUGGACUGGAGUUUCUCUAGAAUUAUAUUGACAGUGUUUCCAACUCUCACUGUUUUGUCGUGAGUCUUGUAUUAUCUAGUGUUUCUUCCCCCUUACAGAUCCAACUCCAGGAGUCAUGAGAUUACAGGAGAGUCUUUCAAGGAGAUUUAGCCAAAGCUUGAAUAUGUAGUGAAUGCAACCAAAACCAAAAUGAUAUAUUAAGAGAAUAUAUCAAUACAUGAUUUCUAGGCAUCUAAUGAUGCCUAAGACAUAAGAAUCAUGUGUGUAUGAGAGAGACAGAUAGUGCGUGCGUGUGUAUAAGUUGGAAUCAUUAUUUUUAGCCAAACAUAUACUUGUUGGCUCGAACUUAUGGCCCAUUGACUUCCAUGAGGCUUCCUCUAAAGUUAGUAUGCAUGGAAUUGUGGCCUUCGUUAUAGCCUUCAUUCAUUUGGGCCAUGAACCCUGUGGACAGUGAUAACUGAGUAAUUCCCAUGGAAGAGAAUGAGACUUACGCAGGCUUAACUAUGCACAGGGUUACUGCUUCAAACUUUACAGCACUGUGCCCAGAUAGGCUGAGUGGGUUGUUUCCAACCAAGCCAUUCUGGAAGCACAAAGGCCAACCACCAGUUAAUCUCUUUCCCUCUUCUCUCUGCAGCUCUCCUUGCCACUCCCAAAUCUCAUGCAGGAAGCUGUGUGCCAAGGGCUGCAGGGAGAGCAGGGGAAGGAAACCUCCAUGGCGGUGGACUUAGCCCACUGCUGCAAUUAAUUUUUUGUCCUUUUCCUUUUAAUUCACUGUGAUGAUAGUUGGGAGGACUGGAUGCUUACCUUUGACCAAUUCCAGAAAUUAGAGUUGCUGCUGCCUGACCAGAAAAAGACACCUGGUUUGGCUGCUCCUAUGUCUUUAACAGAAACUUAAUCUGCAAAACUCAGAAGGCCUGGAGUUUUAACCCAUGGUUUGUUAAUUCUCAGCAACCCAGAAUGCUGGCUUUUGACAACACAACUAAAAUAGAUGCAAAACAGACAUGAUAAGGAAGCAAUAGCAGCUCACUUGUGCAUAGAUCCCACAGUUCUGGGGUUAAAUAAUCCAUGGUUUAAAUAACUCAUGAAUUGUUGUGUACAAAUGAGGUCAUUGCCUGCUAAUGUCUGCCAACUAAUUUGCCAUAAAAAAAGCAUGAAGUGGUAAAAAACAAAAACUUGGCAAUCGUGACAUGCCCCAUCAAAUGCAUAUUAUUCAGUUUUUUUAAAAGAAAAAAGAACAUUCACAGGAUACUUUAAAAAUAACAUUAUUCAAAAGUUACGACCUUGGUGGCUGAGAUCUGAAAUGGAUCCAGAAUUAAAUCACGAUCAUAUGCCAUCAUCAAAAUGUACUUUAAAGUUCAUUUUCAAAGCUGAAGAAAACAGUAUUUCUGGAACAGAAGCAUGCACACAGAGGAACUGAUUAGCCUUUGCAGCCAUUGUCCAGAAUGUAACUUUCCCACCCCAUGAAUUUCAAUCCAUCAUAAUUCCUCUUGGCUUCUCCUUUUCUCUUUUCUUUGGAUCGGCGGUGGGGAAAGCCCAUCUGUUAUAUGCCAAUACACAGAACACAGCUCUGUCUCUAUAUAUCUAUAACUAUAUCCAUUUGAUUAAAGUGAUUUUAUUAUAAAUAAAAAAGAAACAGCCAAGUAGGAAUGGAAAACAGAAGUGAAACACAUGUCCAUCGUUUCACCUGCCAUAAGCCAGAGAUGGAAAACUGAGGGCGGCGGAAGGCAGUGCGGGCAAUUUAGAGCUCACAGGAGCAGGGCCCAAGGAAAGCGAGGACGGAGCUCUCUACUGACCCGCAUGCAUUCUGCUCUAUUCCAUUCCUUCCAAGCCGGGGCUAAAGGGGGGGGGUCCUUUGGGGGCAGGAAGCUGCUUGUCAUUUGGAUUGUCUGUUAAACAGCCAUGCACAAAAAUGGCACUGUAUAAAAUAAUAAAUAUGAAUACAUAUGGUUUAAUUGUGUAUUUUAUAAAAUAGGCUUUUGGUGCUAUGAAAAGUGAUUGGUGAAUGUUCUUCUCCCUUACUGUACUAAAUCCUCUUGUUUACUAUCCAAUGUACUGGUAGAGCCCUAUUGUAAUUUUCCUCUGUAUUAUUUGUAUGACUUCUGUAUGCUGCCAAUAUGCUGUCUUGUGGUUUUGUUUAACCUUUAUACAUCUGUUCCUUGUUAUAAGUA